AUGGAGGCCUCAGUUAGUGAUCAGCAGCUUUCUCCGUCCAUAAACUUAUCAACAGAAACACUACCAGAGCCGCUGUUUGACCUCGACCUUGACCGGAAGUACAUGUGUCCAGUUUGUUUAAGUGUUCUGAAGGAGCCAAUGCAGACGUCUUGUGGACACCGAUUCUGUAAAGCGUGUAUCAGGGGAACAUUCGAUCUACCGACAGUCCGAAACAACAUCCGGGUACCGUUUUCGAAGUGUCCUGUAGACAACACAUACUUCCACAUCGAGAGAGAGCUGUUUUCUGAUAACGCCAUGAAGCGGGAAGUCCUAUCAUUAAACGUACGAUGUCCUAAUAUCCAAAACGAAUGUGACUGGAACGGGGAACUGAGGAACUACAGUGAGCAUGAGGAGCAGUGUAUGUAUAAAGUGGUAGAAUGUGGGAACGGAUGCGGGGUCCGAGUGAUCCGCCGGGACAUGCCUAGUCACCUGGAAGAGUGCUCCCUGAGGAUCGUUUUCUGUCCUCACUGUCAGAAACAGAUGACCUACAAUAUAAUGUCGAAACAUGAGGUUCUGGUAUGUCAGAACUUCCCAGUUCAGUGCUUACAGUGUGGUCAAGUCGGCAUCAAACGCAAGGACAUCAGUAAUCACAUGGAUAAGGAGACCGGGGACUGUCCCAUUACCAUCAUCGAUUGUCCUUUCCAAGUGUAUGGCUGUCAGGUUACAACAACGAGGCUGUGCAUGGCGUCCCAUCUUCAAGACAGCUGUCACAGCCAUCUGUCUCAAGUGAUAGCCCAUGUUCAACAACAAGAUCGACAUAUCACCGAACUUGUGGAUGAGGUCACAAAGAUCCGCAAGAUUCUAAUGCAGCGAAGUGAGCAACAAUCGGUCAACCAUACAAACGGAACAGCUGAUGACACGAACUCUGUCAACCAUACAAACGGAACAGCCGAUGACACUAACUCUGUCAACCAUACAAACGGAACAGCUGAUGACACUAAUUCUAGGUAG